AUGGUCGCCCGUCCCCGUCGCCCACUCAUCUCCCUCGAAGCGCAGCUCCAGCAACUCACCCUCUUCUCCGACCUCGACGCGGACGCCGAGAACCUCGAGCAACUCGGACCCAUCAUCAAAUCCCUCGACGAAGCGCGUCAACAAGAUGCCUUCUUGCGUCACCUCAAAACCUUUGUUCGCGAAAAGGACCGGGAGAUCGAAGCGGUGUGCGAUGCGAACCACACCGAGUUCGUCGAUGCCGUCGACAAACUUCUCAAAGUGCGCACGGGCACGGUGACGCUCAAGCAUCGUAUUGGGGAGCUGAACGAGGAUGUCCAAGCGGGUGGCUCUUCGCUCGGCGGGAAGAAGAGGCAAUUGUUGGAGACGCAACGUACAGCAGCAAAUGUCGGGGAGGCAAUUGCGGCGUUGCAGGUGUGUUUGCGAGUCCUCGACAUGGCUAAUCGCGCAGACGGGUUGAUUGCGGAUAAAAAGUACUACGCAGCGCUGCGCAGUUUGCAGGAGCUGGAGAACGUGCAUCUGCGUGGACUGCUGCAUCACGAGUUUGCACGCCACAUGCUCGAUGGGAUCCCGCAGAUGCGUGGGCAGGUCAAAGCGGCCGUGACGCGAGAGAUGAAGGAGUGGCUGUUCGAAGUUCGGGAGAAGUCGAGAACGGUGGGGCAACUGGCGUUGGAAACCAUGGAGAACAGGCAGAAGCGAUGGCGAGUCAAGACGCAACGCGAUCCCCUGUUGCGGCUGGCAAAGGUCAAUAGCGCCAUCGAGUUGGUCGUCAACGAACGGGCGGAGCACAACUUUGUCGACAACGAUCGGGUCAGUAUCGACUUUCGACCGUUAUACCAGUGCAUCCAUAUUUAUGAUGCGCUGGAUCUGCGAGAGGAACUGCAGAGCUCGUACCACGAAGAUCGACGAGCACAGGCCAACCUACUCCUCACCCAGGGACUCACAUUCGAUGCUGCCAACAGCACCUUUCCUCCCUUGCUCGAGGAGAUGGUCGGCUUCUUUCUCGUAGAACACCACGUGCUGCAGACAACACCAUCCGGGUUUCGCUCCGAGGCAGAGGUCGACGAUCUGUGGGACACCAUGUGCAGUCGGGUGUGCGACAUUGUCUCUCUCGCGCUCCGCGAGUGUCGGGACACCAAAGUGUACAUCUCUGCGAAAGCAGCCAUUCAGGUGUUCAUCCAGACGUUGGAAGGAUACUCUUUCCCGGUGGCCAAACUCAAUUCGCUCCUCCUGACGCUGUUUGAGCGGUACGCGCAGUUGCUGCGGGACCGUUUCUCGCGGGAUUUCCAACAGGCCAUGCGCGAAACGCAACAUCAACCCAUGAUCGUAUCGAACGCCGACGAACUGUCAAAAGUGCUUAGCGUCGCAUGGCUCAAACCUGGGGACGAGGGUCUUUUGCGAAACUCCCAAUUCCCGCUUUCACUGCCGUUCAGUCAAACCUACCCGCUGUGUUGCAUGGACAUCCGCAACCUCGUCGAUCAGUACUACCACUUCUCGGACGGCUUUGCGUUUACGCGCGAGAUCGACGAGAUCUUAUCCAAAAGCCUCGACUCGUUGCUCAUCCAACAGGUCUCGAAUGGCAUCCGCCAAUCCCUUUCGUCUACGGAGGUGAACCUGCCUCAGAUCGCACAGAUCGUGGUCAACGCCGAACACUUCAAUUUGGCGUGUGUGCAGAUUGAGGCGUUGCUCGAGCGGAUGCGCGCCGGCGAGGGACGCGGGGGAGGGGUGCGAUUGGAUGCCAGUCGUCAUUUCGUUGCCACACUGCGGAUUGCAGAGGACAAGAUCAACGGUGCUUUCGCGGGGAAGCUCGAUCAAUUCUUGGGGUUGGCAGAGUACGAUUUUGCUCCCCCAACGAUGCGCGCAACAGCUCCGACAGCCGCAGGCUCGCCCUGGUUGCAAGACACGCUGGAAUGGCUCCACACCAUGAUGGAGAGCGUCCUCGUGCUACUACCCGCCCAAGUCAGGGAGAAGGUCUACACCGCCGCCUAUGCGCAUUUGACCAGCUGUCUGGUGGACAAACACCUGCUCAGUCCCGAUACCACCGCUGUCAAUGCGGGAGGGCUGCAGGUGUUGAACGCGGACAUAGGAUAUCUUGCCACCAACGCGGAGAAGGACGGUGUAGAAGCGGGAGUGUUUGCCCCGACCAAGCAGUUGUUGGAGGUGGUGCUGAGAGAGAAGGUGGGAGAGUACGUGCAGGGACUCCAGACGGGUAGGGGGAGGGAGGAGUGGGCGAAGUUGGAUGGGAGGAGGUUGGUGGGUCUGUUGGAGAGGCUGGGGCGAGGGGCGAGGGGUGGCGAGGAGGCGGCGAGGAGACAGAGGGAGAGAGAGACGUUGGUUCGCGCGUUGCAAGGCGGAUUGAGGAGGAUGUAG